AUGACUGUUUCCAAAGGAGAUACUGAAGUAUCCUGUGUAUUUAUGGAAAAAUGCAUCUUACCGUGCACUUUCCAAAGUGACACUGACAUAGUCAUCCACUGGCUGCAGGAAACUGCAGGAAACAUUCGUGUCCACUCAUUCUACCGAAACCAAGACCAGCCCGCACUUCAGGACAAGCAUUUCAGAGGCAGGACUUCACUGUUCAACGACCAGAUCUCCAGAGGAAAUGCUUCACUCCAGCUGAUGUGGGCGGAUGUUCAGGAUGAAGGCAGAUACAAAUGCUACACCAGCACCAUCACAGGAAACAAGGAAUCAUUUAUAAACCUUGAAGUAAAUGCUCCAGUAGAAGAAGUCAAUCUUCAGCGAGUAGGAAACACGAUGAACUGCAGCUCAGAGGGAAUCUUCCCUGAACCCCAGUUAAUCUGGUCCACCAGCCCUCCAUCCAAUGUGUCGCUCCAGUAUGAAACCACAGUCCAGCAGACUGAACAGCAGCUUUACAACAUCAGCAGUUCUCUGAUACUUUCAGACAGUGAUAAAGAUUCUGUUUUUAGCUGUAACAUCAGCACUCGUAGAAACUGGAGGAACGCAACUUUAGGUGAACAAGGUGAGUCUGGAAACCAGCGAAUCAAAUAG